AUGCACCAAGCACUCACCCUGUACGAGCUUUUACAAGCCAUCUUUAACCAACUAGGCGACUCGACAGAGUUUUUCACGGAUCGCUCGGAGCGCAAACGGACCCUAGCCAGCCUCGCACGGACAUGCAAAGCGUUUACAAAACCUGCUAUCGAAGAGCUAUGGUACAUGAUGGAUGCUGUGGGCCUCUUUCAGAAUUUGAUACCCCAUCGGCUCAUCAUGACACCUACGGGUCCCACCUCGGACCCGCAUGGGUGGACUGUCAUUUCACAGAAGGAGACCUGGAUCGUAAGCAUCUGUCUGAUGUCCGUUUAUCAUCUUCUAACUAUCCGGUCCGUCAAAAACGCGCCUCAGCAUGACAUCCGGGCUUUAUCGACCGCUGAACAGGCAAGGCUCAUGUUUUAUACGUCAUCCAUCCAAAGGUUGUCCCUUCCCUCAUUUCUAUCAGGGUUACCUAUAGCAGCACCUGCCCUUCGAAUGCUUUUGUCUUUGCCUGGUGGUCUCGAGCGCGCAUUUCCCAAGCUCAGGGAGGUGUAUAUACUUGAUAAGUUCCCGGCUGCUCAGGCAUCCUAUGAGCCGUUUAUGCAACAUGCAAAAUCGCUCAACUUUCAGCCCACGGACAGCACUGGACGCGCUUCCUUACUGUCGCCAUCAAUCUCUCAGAUUAUUCGUCGGCUUGGCCGUCUGCAGUCAAUGAGCUGCACGCACAUUGACCAACCCACGCUAUUGCAUCUUUCGCAACUUCCGUGUCUCACCUAUCUCUCCUUCGACACUGGUCUCAACAUCUCGUCUGCUACAGAGCUUAUGUUCCCUGCACUUCGAUCCCUCCGAUUGACGUCCAAACGCUUCAAGCCCAUCAUCUUUUUCCUGAAGAGACUCGCCCGGUUCCCGUCCUCGCUCCACGUGCUCACGCUCGAGCAGGCGCCAACUCUCUCCGAAUCAGAACAGCUGUUCGCCGUCAUAUCCAAACACCCUACCACGGAUCUUCAGAGCCUCUCCGCGAUGUAUUUCGAAGGUAACAGUGACGACCCCGGCGCCUCGAUGACAUUCGACACGAUAGUGCCGCUUCUCAGGUUCUCGAACAUGAGGGUCUUCAACUGGUACUUCUCCAGCCGCAUCGAUCUCACGGACCUGGACAUCAUACUGAUCGCCCACGCGUGGCCCAAGAUCCGGCGGCUGUCCGUUUGCUCGAGCGUCGAUGACUAUACCCAUAAACCCAGGAUCGAGAGCCUGUUCGCCAUGGCGAAGCAGUGCCCGUAUCUCGAGCACCUCGAGCUGCCCGUUGACAUAGCGAAAUUCGACCGCGUGCCACUCGGUGAUCCCGCUGAUGGAUUCGCUCAUUCGCAGCUGCGGAGGUUGCACUUGACUUGCGUCGUGUCCUGCGCGGAUGAGGACGCGAUCGUCACGCUCACGAUCAUCCUUGCACAGGUCUUUCCUCGACUCAGGUCCGUCACCGGCGUUAUGGUGGAAGAAUCGUUGAGACAAGGCGGGGCGGGCGCUGGCUCGAUGUGCGCGGAUUCGUACGUCAGCUCCGCGCUCGGUGCGUUGGGUCGGGCGAGGGUAGACGGGGGGAUACAGUCCUGGGUGGGUGAGGGCGUGAGAAGGAUGGUGCGCGAGGCUUUCAAGCGUGAGCUUCGCAGGAUGGAUAGUUCGGCUAGAUCCACUUUUGCAUGGUGAAGCGAGACGUUUGAGCUCUCAAUAACGAAAUAAUAUU